CACACGUGGUGUACGGUAAACACACUCACAUGACAUCAGCCUGCUCAUUCUCUCUGGACAUAGUUGUGUACAGGUUUUGUCUUCACCUAGUAUUUAGUCUCCCACACACACACGGUCGGGUUAUUUUUCUAUUUAAUUGCUAUGCUAUUCUUUUGCACUUUCACUCUAAUUAUAUCUAAACUGGCUCACUGAACUAUUCCUACACAAAAUAGAGAGAAAUUGGCAAAUGGAAAAUUGGCAGCAGUCAGACCGUCCUUAUAUAGCAGUGCUGGAGAGUGUUCCUGCACUGUGCCUUUGACUUCGAGAUGGACAGUAUUAUUCUUAAUCCGGUCCGGCCUGAUCACACAGCCAUGCUGGACGAAGCACAGUUGGAUAUACUGGGUCAGCGGUUGGGAAAGAAGUCCCGGUCGGUUUGGGAGAGGGUGAAGGCGGAAUGCUGGUGUUCUGGUCCCAGGCUGAAGAGCUGUAUGUUGUCAUCUGUUCCUGUCCUCUCCUGGCUGCCCCGCUACUCCCUCAGAGACAACGCCAUCGGAGACCUGAUUUCGGGCGUCAGUGUGGGUAUCAUGCACCUACCCGGAGGCCUGUCUAAUGCGUUGCUGGCCGGGGUGCCGCCUGUGUUUGGUCUCUACACCUCUUUCUAUCCGUCGGUCAUCUACUUCAUCUUUGGGACGUCCAGACACCUCUCAGUGGGUACUUUCGCCAUUCUUUCUAUCAUGAUUGGCACUGUGACGGGCAACGUUGAGUUGCUUAGCAACGGUGUCGAGGAGCGGGACGCCGAUGGAGGAAUGGCUCGAGUGUGUGUGGCAGUACAACUUACCUUCCUUUGUGGCCUUAUACAGAUAGUGUUGUUCUUGAUAAGAGGAGGGGAUGUGUGUCACUGGCUGUCUCAGCCCCUGGUGAGCGGCUAUACCACGGCGGCAGCCCUUCAUAUCACCAUCUACCAGCUGCCUCUACUCUUUGGCAUCCCAACCAACAGACACAGCGGUUUCCUGGCUGUCGGCUGGGUGAGCUUUGUGUGUGCGUGUGCGUGUGUAGGAGACAGAGGGAGUGUGAGAAACCGGUUACAGUGUGUGUGUGUGUCCCUGUCUUCAUCCCUGUUCCCUGGUGUGUGUCAGACGCUGGUUGAUGUGCUGUCUAGAGUGACUAACGCAACGCCUGGGACGCUGGUUGUCUCCGCCGUUUCCAUGGUGAUCCUGGUGGGAGGCAAGAUGCUGAAUAGACUCUUCAAGACCAAGCUACCCAUGCCCAUUCCAUGGGAGCUAGUGCUGAUAACGCUGGCCACCUUCCUGUCAGUGCAGUUGGACUUGUCAGGACAACAUGGUGUCCAGGUGGUAGGACACAUACCCACUGGCUUGUCUCCCCCAGCCCUCCCCUCUCUAGCCCAGGCCAAACAGCUGUUUGGUCCUGCUCUGUCCCUGGCUGUGGUGGGCUUUGGCUUUACCUCCUCCAUGGGCAGAAUGUUUGCGCACAGACAUGAUUACGCCAUAGACAGCAACCAGGACCUGUUGGCGAUAGGACUCUGCAACACAAUUGGAGGGAUGUUCCACUGUUUUGCCGCCAGCUGCUCGUUGUCACGCAGUACGGUCCAAGAAAGUAUUGGGGUGAAAACUCAGGCGGCUGGGCUUCUCUCUGCUCUGAUGAUGCUCACCAUCUUGCUGAAGAUUGGACAUCUCUUUGAGCAGCUGCCAAUAGCAGUGUUAGCAGUGGUCAUUGUGGUAAAUCUGCAAGGGAUUCUGAGUCAGUUUCGGGAAGUCCCAGUGCUCUGGGCAUCUGACCGUUUGGACCUGCUGGUGUGGGUGUUCACCCUGAUCUUCACCCUGAUUUUCAACCUGGAUCUUGGCCUGGCUGCUGCUCUGGCCCUCUCUCUGAUCACUGUCGUCUACAGGACUCAACUCUCCCACAGUGCAGUGCUGGGCCAUAUUCCUGGGACGGACUGCUACAGGGACCUACGUCUCUAUGCUGAGGCCAGGCCGGUUCCUGGAGUUACUGUAUUCUCCUGCUCCAACCCGCUGUACUUUGCAAAUGCUGAGCUGUUCUUCAGCUCUCUCAGAAAGUCUGUGCAGCGUGUCCAACUGGAGAAUGCAGCCCUCAUUGAGAACCAGCCCUUACCUCAAAUGCAAGGCGCAAGGCACUGUCUGGUGCUAGAGUUUAGCUCCGUCAUCUUCAUGGACUCUAUGUCAAUCAAAGCACUAUGUAAGGUUGUGGAGGAAAUGGAGGAGCAGGGGGUCAGUGUGUUUCUGGCUGCUUGCCCAGACAGGCUGGUGAUCAAGCUGCAGGCCCAGGGCUUCGUCCCAAACACUCUGUCCAGGUCCUGCCUCUUCCCGUCAGUGCACCACGCUGUCCAACACUGCCAGAUAUCGCCUCCCAUGGCUGUGAAUAUGUUCCCUUUUUCUAUAUGCUUUGCUACUGGCAUCGCUUCCUCGUGUCCUACGUCUACCAAUGUGUCUGUUGGAAUUAGUCUGUCUGCUUUGUGAUCGUUUCCUACCUCUGCAUUGAUGUUGUUCUUCUGCUCCUGUAGGACCACAACACAGAGCUGAGUGAGUGUUGAUGUGCAGCCUGCAGCUCAUGGAGUGGAUGGGAAAACGCCACCGUGGAAUUCCUGCCUCAAUCAGAAUACGCAGUCGACUGAACUCCCAGCUCAAGCUGGCGUCGGCGAUAGGACGAUGAAAAUGCUUUCCUUUUGAGCUCCUUCGCCAACGCUGUGGUUCAACGUCUUCUUUUGAGCUAUGAAAAGACAGCAGAUGGAUUGGAGCCAGCCGGAGUCUGUCUGUCUGUCCGUCUGUCUGUCUGUCUGUCUGUCUGUCUGUCUGCCUCUGUCAGUGUGCCUGUCUUCCGAUCUCUAAAACAUGUCCAGGUCCAACCACCCCCUGCGCCAUGAUUAGGGGUGUCUGUGGGGUUUUAAUGGUUGGGCGUCGCUCCUGCACCUCCUCCAAUGAGAUCAGACACUCAUGGGAAGUGGGUGAGCUCGGCUGAUGUCAAUCAAAUCAAAUUGUAUUAGUCACAUGCGCCGAAUACAACAGCUGUAGACCUUACAGUGAAAUGUUUACUUACGAGCCUCUAACCAACAGCGCAGUUUAAAAAAAUACGAGAUAGAAGAACAAGUAAUUAAAGAGCAGCAGUAAAAAAUACAAUAUAUAUAUAUAUAUAUAUACAGGGGGGUGCCGGUACAGAGUCAAUGUGCGGUGCCACCGGUUAGUUGAGGUAGUAUGUGCAUGCAGGUAGAGUUAAUUAAAGUGACUAUGUAUAGAUAGUCUUAUGACUUGGGGGUAGAAGCCUCUUGGACCUAGACUUGCCGCUCCGGUACCUCUUGCCAUGUGGCAGCAGAGAGAACACCCAGACAGAAUUGACUGUCAUUCGUUGUUUGUAUCAUCGUUUCAAUUUCCAUUGCAGGCCAACUGUACUACUGGCAUUGCCUGGGUGGGUUUGUGCUACACAGAAAUAAACAAGGACCGAACUGACUCGCCCUCUUGUGACUAUGUAGUUCAGGAGGGCACAUCUGGAUGCUUUUCUCAACCUCGUUCAGUGAAAGGUUGUACAGGUUAUGACUUGAAUCCACAUGCUGAUAGCCUACUGCGGUUAUGUUGUUGAACUACGAGACCAUACUGUCAGGUCUUUCAUUCUGCUGUGUGUUUUAGAAGGAAUGGAAACAGAAGUUGUCUCCCAUAAAAG